UAGCAAUUUCAUCUUCCCAAACGUGAUCUCCUUUAACAACUGUGAGCGCUCAAAUGCCUGUUGCCAGGUUACCGUCCAGCACUGUGAAAAGCGGGAUUGUGUACGCGAGCAGCAUGGAGAAGCACCGCUGACUUGAGCCCGUCUCUAAAUAAUGAAUCACCGAUGCAUUCAGAAUAGGGGAACGCGAUGAAUAGGCGAGUGUGAUCGGGAUCGAAUCCGCAGCGUUGGAGCCAGGGGAAGCCAUGCAGCUCCAGUCUGCAGCACAAUGCAAGGUGUCCGGCUUCAUACUGAAUGAAAGAUGCGCCCUGUCUUCGAAAAUGGAAGUCCACCGUGAGCAGAGUAUCUGUCAGGCACGGGCUGCUGUCAUGGUAUAUGACGACGCCAAUAAGAAGUGGGUUCCGGCUGGUGGAUCUACAGGCUUUAGUCGAGUCCACAUCUAUCACCACACUGGCAACAACGCCUUCAGAGUAGUGGGCCGUAAAAUUCAGGACCACCAGGUGGUAAUAAACUGUGCCAUUCCAAAGGGGCUCAAAUACAACCAGGCCACACAAACGUUUCACCAGUGGCGAGAUGCACGGCAGGUGUAUGGCCUUAACUUUGGCAGCAAAGAGGAUGCCAAUGUAUUUGCCAGUGCCAUGAUGCAUGCCCUGGAGGUGCUGAACUCUCAGGAUGCAGGUCCCCCGAUGCCAAGACAGACCCCUCAGGUGCAGAAUGGCCCAUCACCAGAGGAGCUGGAGGUGCAAAGAAGGCAGAUGCAAGAGCUCCAGCGUCAGAAGGAGCAAGAGAAGGACCGACUGGAGCGAGAACGGCUAGAACGAGAGCGCCAGGAACGAGAGAUGCUGGAACGGGAACGCGCCGAAAGGGAACGUCAAGAUCGGGAGCGUCAGGAGAGAGAUCGACUGGACAGGGAACGUGCCGAGCAGGAACGUCAGGAGCGCCUGGAGCGUGAGCGUCAAGAGCAGGAGCAGCUGGAGCGAGAACGCCAGGAACGGGAGCGCGCCGAGCGGGAGCUGAUGGAGAGAGAGCGUGCCGAGAGAGAGAAGCAAGAAAGGGAGCACCAAGAGCAGCUGGACAGAGAGCAGAUGGACUGGGAGAGAGGGAGACGCAUCUCCAACGCCGCAUUUGAAAGCACCCUCUACACUCCUCCGCCUCCCGAAUACAACAAGACCACCUCCUCCACACCCGUGUCUCCUUCCACACCCAGCUACCCACCACCAACGCCAUUGCCCUCCACAGCCACUCCUCCGACCCCGCCCCUGCGCCACUCUGCGUCCCGAUUCGCCACGUCGCUUGGCUCCGCCUUCCACCCGGUCUUACCUCAUUACGCCACCGUACCCCGAAGACAACCCGCCCGGCCCACACCGCCGCCCCGCCCGGCUCCUCCUCCAGCACCGGCCUCAAAAUCCGUAGUCUGGUCAGCUAACAACUUCACACCCCUACCGCCCUCGCCUCCGGUCAUGAUCAGCAGCCCUCCAGGAAAGGCCACGGGUCCUCGCCCGAUGAUUGCGAUCCCGGCCCCUAGUCCGCUCUCCCAGAAACCCCCCUCGCCCAUCUCAGCACCCAAUGGGCCGCCCACCUCGCUUCAUUUCCACACCUCGUCACCCGUCUCGGGUCAGCCGUUCUCUUCGCCCCCGACGCCACCCCCUCCGCCGCCCCUGUAUUCCCCCUCGCCCACCUUGCCCAUCGCUCCCCUUGUGUCUUGUCCCUCACCCCUGCCUGCUGUUCUCCCUUCUCCUUCCACAGCCUUCCCUGCCUCUGCUGAGCACUCUGUAAACUCUGGGUUGGGAGACUCCUGCUCCUCUGCUCCAGAGCCGCCCACUCAGCCUGCUGACUUCCCCAGCCAGCCGGGUAAGGCCUCUUCUGUGGAUCCCGACCCUCCACCCCCACCACCUCUCCCUCCCGGUUCCACUGUGACUCCCACCACUGCUGGACCUCCGCCACCCCUGGUCCCCUCCUCCUCCCCACCACCUCUGCCCCCGCUUACCCCAACAGGUCCACCCCUCCCCGGCCCACCGCCUCCACCCUCAGGCCAGGCCCCACCGCCAGCACCACCUCCCCCGGCCCCACCUUUGCCCUCGGGUCUGUUCACCCCCUCGCCCACCACAGACGAGAACAAGGGCCUGUCUGGGCUCGCAGCUGCCCUUGCUGGAGCCAAGCUGAAGAAAGUGCCAAGGAGUGAUGAGCCCCUGGCUCCAGCCGCAGGAUCAGCGGUGAGUUCUGGUGGUGCUAAGCCUGAGGCGUCCCGUGGAAAUGGUCCUUUACCUGGAGGAGGAGGUCUGAUGGAGGAGAUGAGCGCCCUGCUGGCCAGGAGGAGAAGAAUUGCUGAGAAGGGAUCAUCACCAGAGCCUGAGCAGAAAGCUGAUGACAUUGAGGCUACCAUAACUCCAAAAGUGUCAGCCUGUAGCACACCAGAUAUGCCCAGAAAGCCUUGGGAGAGGACAAACACCAUGAAUGGUAGCAAAUCACCAGUCAUUGGAAGACCAAGGUCUACACCAACUCCUACCGGAUCCAUAAGUGCCAAUGGGGUGCCAACAGAAGCUCUUGACUACGACAGAUUGAAACAGGACAUUCUAGAGGAGAUGAGAAAGGAACUAUCGAAGCUGAAAGAAGAACUUAUUGAUGCAAUCAGGGAGGAGUUGGGGAAGUCAAACUCUGCAUAGGAGAAUGAGAUGCACCUGUAUUUUUUAACCACAAUCUGUCACUUCAGAGGUCAGCUUCAGUUUAAGACACUUUCUCAAAAGCAAUGAAAAUGGAAAAUUACAGUUUUAACCAGUGGUGAUCACAAUAACCAUGAUAAUUGAGAGGAUCUGUUGAGUACGAUGCUGGGACAGACAAAAGUUUUGAGCGUGGGGGCACGGGAGGCGUAACAGCGAGAGGAUAACCAGACGCCUCGAAACGACGCCAUCCACCAAAAGCCCCGUCUUGAAGGGGGUCAGGACACAGUCUUAAGGAAGUGACUGUCGGUAUGCAACGGAUGACUUUUACUGUGGAAAGAAAAUGAUGAAAAAAAGACAAACUAUUACUGAAUUACAUACUGUAUUAACCAUUGAAGAGUGAAAUUGUAAAUCAAGCAGAUGACAUUCAUUCUACGGCACAUUGUUUAGCAAAGGGCAGGCUUUGUUUAUGAAUUUAGGUGGUGGUGAAGUAACGUUAACGAAGUUGGCCUUGUAUAGAGCAAAACCUUGAAUCUGGCCAACCACAUGAGUAUGGUCUCUUGCUGCAGGACUCUAAAGCUUGUCUUCCUACUAUUUUAACCAGAUUAUGUACAUUAAAAUGAUGACGAAAUAAACAUUAUACCUGCAAGUCAUUCAGUCAACCUGUUCUAAUGUACGCCAUGACCACAUCAGGUAGCUUACUUGCUCUUUUGGUCGGUUUCCAUUAUUCUUCUCUUUUCAAACGUGAAUGCUCAACAGGCUGUCUCUAAUGAGCCACUGUUAUCUGUAUACCUUCGUCUUGUGUGUUCGCUAAGUGUUCGGAAAGAUCACGAAGGACAAUGCCUUUCUACUGUACAUCGUUGUAGCUCUCUACCAAAAUCCUCUCAGCCAAUCGAAGUUAUGUUGACGGCAACGUCAGCUCAGACCGUAUCUGUAGAUAGUGCUAACCAGAAAUACUAUGAACUUUUUAUUCACCGUAGGCUCUUUUCAUAUUUCUUUCAAUUUCAGUGCAUGUCUUCUUAUGAUUGGUAAGGGAAAAAUGGUUGCCACGAAAAAUACUUUAGUUUUCAGUUCAUAAGCAAUAAGUGUAGCAUUGUUGCAUUUUUUUUUGUCUCUCUCUCUCUCUCUAUCUCCAUUUUUUUUUUUUCUUUAAUCGUCCACUCUGCCCUCAAACUGUGGAUGAAUUAUGUUCUCCAUACGCAUUCUCAAAAUGCAGUUCACAACGGACACCUCUUUAUAGCCAUAAUAAAUUAGCAGGGGUUUGACAUUUUGCUCAUUUUACUUUAUUUUCGGGACUCGAAAGAUCACGUAUGGCUACUUAUUAAUUUUUGCAUGGGCUGUUUACCAACUAAUCUAGUCAGGAGUAUCUAUGGAGGGCCAAGCAGCACAUCACAGCUUUUCGAAUGAUUUAGAUUUUUUAAUUUUUUUUUCAUUUGUCAGUCAUUUAUGGUUAAACCCCUUUCUACACACUGGAAGGCACUCAGCUGUGUUUUUCAGAGGGGUUUUGUCUUCAAACACGCUUUUAUUAGGGAUCUUUAUAUGCUUUUUAAGACCAUAUGAAGUGUGAUUAUAGGCUGUGCAAAUUUUGAGGAGAUAACUGAAAACAUGAAUUUGUGACGUUCUCUCCAAUCAGAUCUUUCCUGGGUUAUCCCUCCACCCCCGCCAUGCUCACUUGUCAAUCCUUUGCCAUUUCUUUUCACUUCCUAACCAUCACUCGAAAAUAAUCUCUCAAGGAAUCAGAACGUUUGUAUAGAGUGUUUACAGCAUUGAUUGCACUUUAAAAACCCGUAGAAGUUCAAAUGAUUCUAUUGUUGAUAAGAUGGCCGUCACUUUGUGGUCGGCUCUACCACCAAAGCGAAACCAUAAUCUCUAGAACGUCACAAUCUCCUGAUCCACCUUUGUUUCGACAACAAAUUGGUCUUUAGGUUAAGCAGGUAAAAGGUUUGAUCAGGGUUGAUUCAUUCCUGGAUAAACCUGUUUGUUGAUCUUCAUGGUUUGUGCCUUGUUCGGAAGUUGCAUUUGAUAUGUCAAAAAUGUAAAAGCUUAUAUAUAGAGAGUAUUAAUUUAGGGCCUGCCAUAACUUUAUUCAUUUGAUUUGCAUUUUGCCUCAGUGAGUUCAAAAGGAAGCUUUUACCAUCUUUGUUUAAAAUCAAACAUGCAUUCACAUUCUUCUCUCAGUGUCAUUUUUCUGUUGCAUUACAGUGUGGUUUGUUUUAUGGUUAAGACCAUGUAUGCUGGUGGGAUCUGAGAAACUGAUCUUUGUUCUCGUGGAAAUCAGUUGGAAAAUGUUGGCAAAAGGUUGAUGGAGACUCGAUUAUGAGCAGACUGUGCUGGUUAGAUUCAACUGAAUGUCCUUGUAAUGCAACUUUCAGUUUCCUUAUCUUUCUAUUUUAUCGUUCAUGUUGUACCAUACUGUUUUCAUGUUAAUUAGAAGUUUCUUACAUGCUAACAUUGUUUUGUUUGAGCAAAUUAAAUAAAAAUUGCAAUACA